GUGAAAAGAUGCGGCGGCUGCGGAGCGCUCUGGAGUUGCGCGUGCGUCCGGUGCUGUUUUGGCUCGCGCUGUGCUCGGCGGCGGCGGCGGCGGCGCGCGGGUCACAGCACGGCAUCCCGCUCGGAGUAGUUAAACUGUGGGCUUCAGCAUUCGGUGGUGAAAUCAAAUCCAUCGCCACUAAAUACUCCGGUUCACAACUACUGCAGAAGAAAUGUAAGGAGUAUGAGCGCACAAUUCGGAUGGAGGAGGCUGACGGAGCCAAGCUGGUGCAGAGCAUCUCUGAGAAAAUGGCUGAAAUGUUCCGCAGCAAAGCGCAAGCUGCACGGAGGCUGGUGGAGGCGGCGGAGGAGGCGCACUUACAGCAUGAGGAGAACCCCGACCUGCAGUACGAGUACUUUAAUGCUGUCCUGAUAAACGAAGUGGAUGAGGAUGGGAACAGCGUGGAGUUGGGAGGAGAAUUUAUCCUGGAGCCAAACGAUCACUUUAACAACCUGUCAGUUAACCUGAGUCUGAGCGUGGUGCAGGUCCCCACCAACAUGUACAACAAAGAUCCUGAUAUAGUAAACGGUGUGUACUGGUCUGAGGCUCUGAAUAAAGUGUUUGUGGAUAACUUCGAGAAGGACCCCUCACUCAUCUGGCAGUAUUUUGGAAGUGCUAAAGGUUUUUUCAGACAAUACCCAGGUGUGAAAUGGCAUCCUGAUGAACACGGCGUCAUCUCAUUCGACUGCCGCAACAGAAAAUGGUACAUCCAGGCAGCCACGUCUCCGAAGGACGUGGUGAUUCUGGUGGACGUGAGUGGCAGUAUGAAGGGUCUGCGGCUCACCAUCGCCCGGCAGACCGUCUCCUCCAUCCUGGACACGCUGGGAGACGACGACUUCUUCAACAUCAUCGCUUACAAUCAGGAGAUUCAUUACGUGGAACCGUGUCUGAAUGGAACUCUGGUGCAGGCCGACAAAACCAAUAAAGAUCAUUUCCAAGCUCAUCUGGACCGGCUGUUUGCGAAAGGCAUCGGGCUGCUGGGAGACGCUCUGACUGAAGCUUUCACGGUUCUCAAUGAGUUUAACCAAGCAGGCCGUGGAAGUGUGUGCAGUCGGGCCAUCAUGCUGGUGACGGAUGGAGCCACCGAAAUGUAUGACGAUGUUUUUGCCAAGUACAACUGGCCCGAGCGGAAGGUGCGCAUUUUCCCCUAUCUGAUUGGACGAGAGUCAGCCUUCGCAGAUAACCUUAAAUGGAUGGCAUGCGCUAACAAAGGCUAUUUCAGUCAGAUCUCCACCCUGGCUGACGUUCAGGAGAACGUUAUAAGAUAUCUGCACGUCAUGAGCCGCCCAAAAGUCAUCGACCACGAGCACGACACGGUGUGGACUGAGGCCUACGUGGACCAAGCUCUCGCUCAGGCUCAUAAGCUUUCUGCACGCAACGGACCAAAUCCCAUGACCACGGUGGCCAUGCCUGUCUUCAGCACCAAGAAUGAGACGAAAAAUCAAGGCAUCCUCCUGGGUGUAGUGGGAAUAGACAUUCCCAUUCAGGACCUGAUGAAGACUGUCCCGAAACACAAGCUGGGAAUUCACGGUUAUGCGUUUGCUGUUACCAAUAACGGCUACAUCCUCAUGCAUCCAGACCUCCGACAUCUGUACCAGGACGAUCAGAAGAGACGGAAGGCCCAUUACAGCAGUGUUGAUCUGUCUGAGGUGGAGUGGGAAGACACUGACAAUUAUCUCAGGAACGCCAUGGUGAACAGAAAAACAGGCACCUUCUCCAUGGAGGUGAAGAGGACGGUGGAUAGAGGGAAACGUGUUCUGUCAAUGCACAAUGAUUACUACUUCACCGACAUCAGCGGAACUCCAUACAGUGUUGGAGUGGCUUUGUCUCGAGGGCAUGGAAAACACUUCUUUAAGGGAAAUGUUUCACUGGAAACGGGUCUGCGUGAUCUGGAUCAGCCGGGUGUGGCUCUGGCAGAUGAAUGGACGUACUGCAACACCGACGAGCAUCACGAGCAUCGCUACCUGACGCAGGUUCAGGCCAUCAAACUCUACCUGACCGGCCGCAAACCGCACCUCAAGUGUGACAGGGAGCUGAUCCAGCAGGUUCUGUUCGACGCCGUGAUCACCGCUCCACUCAAGGCCUACUGGACCGGCCUCGCUCUCAACAAGUCAGAGAAUCCUGAUAAAGGAGUGGAGAUUGCUUUCCUCGGCACUCGUACUGGUCUCUCCAGAACCAACCUGUUUGUCGUCCCGGAUCAACUGACCAAUCAGGAUCUGCUGAGGGCAGAGGAUAAGGAGGGCAUCUUUAACGCGGAUCAUUUUCCCCUGUGGUAUAAGAGAGCGGCUGAGCAAGUUCCUGGCACCUUCGUCUACUCCAUUCCCUUUAGUGCAGCACAGGAUAAUAAGAGUGUGGUGUUAGCCAGCACUGCUAUCCAGCUCCUGGAUGAGAGGAAGUCUCCUAUAGUGGCUGCUGUCGGGAUUCAAAUGAAACUGGAAUUCUUUCAGAGGAAGUUUUGGACAGCCAGCCGACAGUGUAACGCUCUGGAUGGGAAAUGCAGCAUCAGCUGUGACAAUGAGGAUAUUAAAUGUUACCUCAUUGAUAACAACGGCUUCGUUCUGGUGUCUGAGGAUUAUUCUCAGACGGGGCUCUUCUUCGGAGAGGUGGAGGGAGCCGUCAUGAACAAACUGCUCCUCAUGGGUUCUUUUAAAAGGAUCACGCUGUAUGAUUAUCAGGCUCUGUGUAAGGAGUACGUAGGCAGCAGUGACAGCGCACGCACUUUACUGAACCCGUUCUCUGCUGUGAAGUGGCUCAUCAGUGAAAUUAUCCUAUUCCUGCUAGAGUUUAACUUCUACAGCUGGUGGAGUUGGGACUCGACUGUAAAAGCUGACAGAGUGAACAGAAGGGCGAUGCUGGUGCCGUGUGAUAUGGAGUAUCCAGUGUUUGUCUCAGAGCGCACAAUCAAAGAGACGGCCGGCAGCAUCGACUGCGACGGCUGUAUCAGGACGUUUGUCAUUCAGCAGAUCCCCAGCAGUAACCUCUUUAUGGUUGUUGUGGAGAACAAGUGUGACUGUAGCUCCACCCCUCCAGUUACCAUGGAGCCAAUCGAGAUCUUCUAUAUCGAAACUCUUAAGUGUGAGACACUGAAGUUUCAGAAGGACCGCAAACGUCCUGACUCCUGUCACCCCUUUCAUCCUGAGGAAAACGCCAUGGAGUGCGGCUCAGCCAUGACCCUUUCUCCCACGCUAGCUGCCGCUUUGAUUCCCCUCCUGAUCUUCCUCAUUUCCAGGUGACCUUUGACGUGACCUUCAACCUUCCAGCCAUGGGAGGGAUCGUCCUCACUAAUGGCUAAUGCUAAUCGGGUGCAAAAACAAAAAUAACAGUUCAAAUGCAGCUUGCUGACAGAAUCAAACUCAUCCUUAUGACCUCAAAAUGAAACCUGCUGACACUUUAGAGGCUCAGUGACCUUUAUAUGACCUUUAAGAAUGUCCAAAUGUAAAGGGAGUGAUCGGAAAUGACGUGACCCAAACGCCAGAAGGGUCUUUUUUAGAAUUCAUUCUAAUGAGUUAUUGAGAAAACUCCAGUUUGUAUGGUGUAUAUAGAUGUUGCUUGACAAAGUAGACAUUAAAAAAAAUUGUGCUGUGGCAGCCAUUUUGUAGCUAGCUAGCAGCCUGCUGGCAAAUUAGUGGCUAAUUAGCAGCUAAAAGCAUUUCACUCUACUUCUGAGCUAAAGUGUGGCACAGGGAUGCUAAACAUGACUAACUUUCUGCUUUAUUACAUGACACAGUUAUCUGAAUGUUAUAUUUGUAACCAACUUGAUGUAAACUGCUUCUGAACGUUAAAUCUAACGUAGCAGUAAUAGACACAGCCGAGUAACACCGUACAAAUGCUCAAAAAUAAAACAACGACAGCUAAGACGUCUUAUUAGGAUGAAUUCUGUGCACCCUUUGGUUUGAGAUAAGAAUAAAAAAUAUGUAGAUGUGAAUUUAAGCGUUUGGGACACGACCGCGUUGAGGAUGUUGUUCUUAAUCUGAGCCAUGAGUCCCGCGUCAUGCGAGAGACGAGCGUGCUUAUAAUAAAUCACUGCUUUUUGUAAAUUCAUCCAAAAUUCAAAACAUUAUUGUUUAUGGGCAACUGAAAAAAAUUGUUUCUUUGUUAAUUAUAUUCCCAUUCGUCUGCCUGUCAUUUUUUACACGCUUUAAUUUCAUUAAACGAAAUAAACAUGCAUGUAGCGAGAAAACAUAUGGAAUAUUCUCCAGAAAAAUGCUGAUUUUUAAAAAUUCUGAAUUGCACAAGAAUGCCUGCUUAACAAACAAACAAAAAAAAAAACAAAGAAAAUAAAAUAAAAUGUCUUUUAAAUGAUUAAACUAUACCUCAAAAAGAAAGAAAGCCAUUUGUUGUAAAUAAAAGCAUAUUUUCCAUCAGUGGUCUCACAUUUGGUCUUAAUUUGGGGAAUUUUCCUGUUUUCCUUUAUUUUUGGAAUUAUGAAAUUAUAGAAAAAUGUGUGCAGAGGGUUCGUCAUGGCAAAAUAUGUUUUAAAAAAUUUAAAUAAAUUAAAGUAAAUUAAAGUGAACGAACAAACAUAUAUAUAUAUAAAAUUAAUUAAUAGUAAAAUAAAGAUAAAAAUACAAAAAGCAGGAUAUAUGGCCUCUGUUUUCACAAUCCGUCCAGGGAAUGUCCCUUUGCUAGAAUGUCAUCAUUCUUGGUUACACUUGCACUAAUGUAUGUCGAACAUACGUCUAAUGUACAUUUUGAGUACAAGGUUUAGCGUGAAAAUCUUUAGACGGUGUUUUUGAAGCAAUAUUUAUUUGGGUUUUUUUUUUUAUUAUUCACCUGGAACCAUCUCCAGUUACAUUACCCCCUGCAGACAUUUAUAUUCCCACCAUUCCUGACUGUCAUCCAAAACAAAGUUAAAAAAAGAAAUAAGGAACAGAAAUAAUAAGGAGAAAUGAAAAUGAGUUGUAUAGCAGGUGUGUCAUGUUGAUGUCACUGAGAUGGAGUGUCGUAGAAUCCUGUUUGUGAGUUUCCCGUGUGAAUGUGACCAGUAACAGGGAUGUGUAAGUCAGGGUGUGUGCCCGUGUGAAUGGGCCAAAUGAAAGCAGAAGUACAAAACAUUUCAUGACAAAACGCACUUCCGUAUUUUCAAAUAACAACUCUAAAUAUAGGACUUCGGUGAGGUUUAACAUGCUCAGGUUUAAAACACUAAAUACAGGAAUGACGCAUGACCAUGACUCAGGAUCAGCUAAAAAACAUUGUGUUAAAAUCGUUAAGUGCUUGUAAUCAUAGACUGUUUGUUAGUUCCAAACUAAUGGGAAUUUUAUCAGCUCUGCCUGCCAUAUAGGUCACUUUUUUAGCUUCACAGGUAUUAACUAUAACCCAUUAGAUACGGUAGUGUUGUUAAUAUUCGUUUCCAUCCGUCAAACAAAUUGAUGGAUAUGGAAACAUGGAAAAAGAAAAAGCUCUAGUCUCUAAAUCUACUCUAACUUACAAGGUGAUGAACAAGUUUAAACACAACCCCGAUCUGCUCAGUGCUGGUCAGUUCACAUUAAUGGAUGGGAGAGAGAGGGGGCCAAUACAUUGUUCAGACUACAUCCAAUAAUGAUUGUACUCCUACCGAGUGACACAAAUGACAUACACAUUGAACUGCUCAGUAUGGAGCGAUAUUUUGCUAACUGGGCAGUUGAAGAAGGCCACAGAACUGUCUCUAACUGGAUGGUUUUGUGAUUUUCCCACCAUUCUGUGUAAACUCUAGAGACUGCUAUGUGUGAAAAUCCCAGAUAUAUGCAACAAAGUAAGGUAAGAAAGAGAAAUUAAAGUUUAGAGCAUUUCUGCUGUUUAAAUAUCAACCUUAAGUUUGUCAAAUUGUACCACUUUCUUCUGUGACCUGUAGGAGGUCAGGGGCGUGGUUUAGCUGCAGGUUUUGCACUGGGAGGAGGGAUAUGAGAACGAGGUGAUGUGGAAAACCUGAACCUCGUUAUCUAACCUGUAUUUAUGUUCGGACCUCUUUCUCUGGAGAGCACUGAGCUGAGCGUGUGUUUCGCUGAACGUUGAGCUGAAAAGCUGUGCCAUUUUUGUUUCUUUUCUUUGUGUUGGUGUUUAUAGAUUGUACCAAGUGCACAAGAAAAAAAGCUUAAUGUUGAUUAAGCUAACAUUAUGUAGAGAAAUAACAAACUGUAUUGGAAGUAUGAAAUGUAGUACAG